GAGAGGAGCAGAGCCAAGCGAUGAGCCUCUCCUCCAGUCUCCUGCUGCUGGUCAUCUCCGCUGUGACCCAGGGAGGGCUGACUGCAGUCAGGCAGCACUGCAUCGCUUCUGUUGAAAUUGAAUGGGUUUAUUCCGGCCACCAAGCAGACAGGUCAUCCACUACUGCAAAAACCUACCGAAAGGUCAUUUACAAAGAGUAUGAAGACUCCAGUUUUACAACCGAAGUAGACAGCCCAGCAUGGAAAGGGCUCCUGGGGCCCACUCUGCGUGCCGAAAUAGGAGAUACAUUGCAAGUCCACUUCAAGAAUAAGGCCAGUUAUCCUUUCAACAUUCGCCCACAAGGAGUUCCAUAUGGAAAAACAGCUGAGGGAUUCUUCCGUGAGAAUAGCUUGCAUUUUGUAGACAAGAAGGAUCCUAUUCUACCACUUGAGGAAUACACCUAUAAAUGGGAGAUCACAAAAGAUGUGGCACCAACUGAGUCUGACUCUCAGUGCCUCACGUAUAUCUACAGUUCUGACGUCGACAACUUGAAAGACUUCCAUUCCGGGUUGAUCGGAGCUCUACUUAUCUGUAAACCUGGAAGUUUGGAUGAAGCAGGGAAACAAAUACAUUUUAAAGAAGAGUUUGUUUUGUUGUUUUCUGUAUUUGAUGAAAGUGAAAGCUGGUAUUAUGAAAACAAAAGAAAGUCCGAGAUCAAAAUGUAUUCCAUUAAUGGCUUUACAAAUGGUACAUUACCAGAGUUCAACGUCUGUGCUCAAACUGAAAUUAGCUGGCAUUUUAUUGGAAUGAGCUCAAGUGAAGAAAUCUUCUCCGUUCAUUUCAAUGGCCAGGUCCUGCUGCAUGAUAAUCACAUGGUCUCAACCAUCGGUCUAUCUCCAGUCUCGUCGGUCACAGCGCUGAUGUGUCCAAAGGAAAAUGGAAAAUGGCUGCUGUCAUCUCAAGUGCAACAACAUCGCCAGGCUGCAAUGUAUGGAUUCCUUAAUGUGCAACAAUGUACAUCUCCACGAUCACGCUCACAAUGUAUUUCAAGAUAUGUUCCAAGCAGGAAGCCAGGCAAAAUUCGCAAAUAUUUCAUUGCAGCUGAAGAGAUUCAUUGGUCAUAUGCUACGGAGAUACCAGACUUCAUCAGCAGUGAUUUUAAAUCCAAAUACUUGGUUCAAGGCCCGAAUCGCAUUGGUAAAGUGUACAAAAAGGCCAUUUAUGUGGAAUACACAGAUGAAACAUUCACCGAGCGAAAAGUUAGGAGCGAAACAGAAAACGUAGUCCCCAUUCUGCAAGAUGGCAUUGGGAGCCCUGUUAUAAGUGCUGAAAUCAAAGAUAAUGUUAAGAUAUAUUUUAAGAAUCUGGCCAGCCGUCCCUUUAGCAUCUACCCACAUGGUGUGACAGUCAGCAAGAAGAAUGAAGGCGUUAUAUAUCCUGGAAAUUUCACUGAUUUUAGUAAACAAGUUAACCCUAAUCAAACCUUCAUGUACCAGUGGAUUAUAUCUGAGGAUGUUGGACCAACUGCUGAAGAUCCCAGGUGUCUGACGAAACUGUACCACAGUGCGGUGGAUAUCACACGAGACAUUGCUUCUGGUCUCUUUGGACCACUUCUAAUCUGUAAACGCCAGUCACUUAAUGCCAGAAAUUUCCAGAUAAGAACAGAUGAAGAGCAACAUCUAAUAUUUGCAGCAUUUGAUGAAAACAAAAGCUGGUAUAUUGAUGACAACAUUCAGCAGUUUUGCCAGGAUCCUUCCACUGUUGAUCCAAAUGACCCAGAGUUUUAUGAAUCAAACAUCAUGUACACAAUAAAUGGCUUUGUGUAUGAAAGUGAGGAAGUUUUCCCGCUAUGUGAAGGGACUGUUACUUACUGGCACGUCUCAAGCGUUGGUGCACAGGACAGGAUUCAGUCCGUUCAUUUCCACGGCCACAGUUUCAAGUACAGGAAAACAAUUCAGGAUGUUCUGCAUCUCUAUCCUCAAACUGGUGAAACGUUAUACAUGCAGAUGGAUAAUUUAGGUGAAUGGCUUCUGCGAACCACAAGUUCACAGCAUAAGGCCUAUGGUAUGCGAUUAAGAUUUAAAGUCUAUAUAUGUGAUGAUGCUGAAAAGGCAUUAAUUUACCAUGUAAUCAGACAAGACCAAGAAACAAAAAAGGUAAUUGUGGAAAUAAAUGAAGAGGAGUCUUCUGAAGAACUUGAUGAUGUUACACGUGAGUUUUUAAUACAAAUGGGCAUGAAAUCAUUCAGAGCUGCACCAGAAGAUGAUCCAGUGCUGAAAGACAUUCUCCAAUAUAUGGAUGAUGACACUGAAUCCAUGGGUCAUAUAUCUGAGGAGCAAGAUCUACUUAUUGAUGAUACGGUGCAUUCACAUGCAGAUGAGUCUGGGAAUAAAAUUAAUGAUAGUUUAAUUGUUGACAAUGGAAACCUGACCAGUACAACAAAGGAAAACAUAGCACAAAUGUUUGAAACACCAUUGAAUUCAAACACGAAUCCCAAAUCCAUAGAAUCUCUUUUAAAUCGUAAUCCACGUGACGUAACUGCUGAAGAAACUAACACAGGAUUCCUUGGGGAAAGGGAAGGCAUGAAGCUUGAGACCACUGCUCUUCCUCAAGACUCGAAGUGAAAAUCUGCUGAAGAAAAUGCCAGUACCUUAUUCAGUGCAAAUGAUCCGAGGAGUGAGAUUAAAACUGUGGUUCGAAGUUUUUCAGACAUGAACGUUUCAGAGCCAACUCAAGAAUAUAUUAAAGUAGAUAAUUUUGAAGCAACAAUGGAGUGCAUUAUUGGUGAUGAAAGAAGAGGAAAGGGUGAUUUAGAUCCAGAAUUCAGUCUGGAUUCACAAGAGGAUGACCAUACAGAAGAUCUUAUUAUAGUAGAAGGUGAAGACAUUGUGGAAGUAAAUGGGACAGACCAAACUCAGAGAGCAAAGAAUAAAAAGGAGGAUGCCAUGGAAACAGGACAAGCUUCAGGGUCAGAUUUGAAUGAUGAAAUGCUGCUAAAUGUGCAGAAUCAGGCAAGUGAGUCUGAUAGUGCCUCUGAUCUCACACACCACUCUUACUCCAACCUGUACUACAUGGGAUAUGCCACACAUGAACCAGUCAGCGAUGGUACCUUUAACGAAACAAAUGCAGAAUCUUCAGCGAAUGAUUCAAAAGCAGAACAUCCACACUCUGCCUCGGAACCAAGUGAUUCAGUGGAGACUUAUCAAAAUCACAACUUUUCAGUAGAUUUCAAGGGCAAGGGAAUGGAACGGGCUAAAUCCAAUGGAAGUGAUAACAGCACAAGCAAAGAACAAGUAUCAACCCAUAGUGUGAAGGAUAUUGCAUUGAAUCAGACUUCGUAUAACAUUUAUGACUACUACAUACAUUCUUCUGAAGAAUCAAGUGAAGCAGACAAUGAGGACACCGAGAAAGUGUUUAUUUACCUGAAGAAAAAUGUAUCAGGCGACAUCCGAUAUCGGUUUACGGCCACGCCUUUACAACCCAAAAGAAAACAUUUCAGAUACCAAGAGGAGAAGAAAGGAAUUCAUGUUUCAAAGAUAAAAAGUUUGAGAAGAUACAUAAAGGGGACACCACAAAACCAUCCUGAGAAGCAUCCCAAGACCCGAGGAGCUGAACGACGGCAAGCAGUAGCUAAAAUGAUGAUGAGACAUAGAAAAAAUGUAAAGACCCACAUAUCUCCAAGAGGAUUUGGAUCUAUAUUUGGUAUUAAACAAAGAGUUCCAAUUCCUCAACAUAACCAGCAAAAGGGACUAAAAACAAUUAAUCUUAAACAAACGUAUUCCCAAGUUUAUCAAGAUAAAAAUUCAGACUUUAUCAUAGUAGGAAUACCCAAAAAAAAGACCGGGAACAGUGUUGACUUUGAUGAAUUUAUUGCUGAUAUAGAUGUUGACAUUCAUGAAUCUCCUGAAAAUUUGAAUGAAGAGGAGGCAAGUUUAGAACUUUCAAAUCCUUAUACUGAUGACAGGAGAACACAUUCAGAAACAGACCGGGAUCCAGAGAUGAUAAUCGAGCACUACUUACGAAGCAGCCUCGGAAAUGUGAGACAUUAUUUCAUUGCAGCAGAAGAAAUCAUUUGGGAUUAUGCAGAAAGUAAUGUAAAUAAUAAAAUGAGCUCCACUGAACAAAGAAAUACUCGUUAUAAGAAAGUCAUUUUCCGGAGAUACACAGAUGCCUUCUUUACAAAGCUAUAUGACCACGGAGAAAGAGACGAGCACUUGGGAAUACUGGGACCUGUCAUCAGAGCUGAGGUUAAUGAUAUCAUCAAGGUUAUGUUCAAAAAUCUUGCUUCAAGACCGUACUCUAUCCACGCCCAUGGGGUAUCGUAUGAAAAAUCAUCGGAAGGAAUGAGCUAUGAAGAUUUUUCUACUGACUGGUUUAGAUGGGAUGAUGUUGUCGCCCCUAACACCACUUAUACUUACGUGUGGAAUGUGCCACCCAGGUCUGCACCUACAAAAAUGGACUCCGAUUGCAAGGCCUGGGUCUAUUAUUCAAGUGUGGACUUUGAGAAGGACAUUAACUCAGGUUUAAUUGGCCCUCUGGUGAUCUGUCGAGAAGGAACGCUGAAUAAAAUCACCGAGAUACCCAAUGACGUUCGAGAGUUUGUAAUGCUGUUUACAACUUUUGAUGAAACAAAAAGUUGGUACCUGAACGAUAAUAAGGACAGAAUCUGCCAGCAGCCCUGCCAAACCAGCAAGAUGUCUCCAGAUUUCAUACAACGCAAUACUUUUCAUGCUAUAAACGGACGCAUUGACGGCAGCUUGAAAGGACUGAUAAUGUCUGAGACAGACAUGGUAAGAUGGUAUUUGAUUAACAUGGACAGCUCAGAUGAUGUGCAUUCCAUUCGUUUCCAUGGUCAAACCUUCAUUGAGAAAAAAGACAAGCCACAUCGACUGGGUGUUUAUAAUCUAUAUCCUGGUGCCUUUGAAACUGUUGAAAUGGGUCCAUUAAAAGCUGGGAUAUGGCUAGUAGACUGUGAAGCUGGAAAACAUUACAAAGCAGGAAUGCGGGCACACUUCCUCGUAUUAUCAAAAGAAUGCAACAAAACCCUGGGUAUGAUGUCUAAAAUAAUAACCGAUUCACAGAUCACAGCUUCAGAUCAUAUAGAACAUUGGGACCCUAGUCUGGCACGAUUACACAGCAGCUACAGAUACAAUGCAUGGAGUGUUAGAAUGUUUGGCUUCAGAAAACCUUGGAUUCAAGUUGAUCUGCAAAAACCGAUAGUGUUCACAAGGAUUGAUAUCCAAGGGGCUUCGUCGUUUACCACACAGUAUUACAUCACAGCGUAUUACAUCAUGUAUAGCCAGGAUGGAAAAACGUGGCUCUUCUACAAUGGGAAUAGCAGAAGUUACAAGCAGAUUUUUUCAGGGAAUUCUGAUGCCAACACAGUAAAGAGUAACCUACUGAACCCCCCGAUUAUUGCUAGGUACAUCAGGUUGUACCCAACAUCCUUCAAAAUCACCCCAACCCUUCGGAUGGAAUUAUACGGCUGUAAUUUGGAUUACUGCUCUGAACCCCUCGGAAUGAAGGAUGGCCGUAUUAAAAAUGAUCAGAUAACUGCUUCGACCUUCAAAGUCAAAUGGUGGAAAUACUGGUACCCGUCACUCGCACGCCUGAACAUGGAAGGUAGUGUUAAUGCGUGGCAACCUGAGGCACACAACACUAAUCAAUGGCUGCAGAUUAACUUUCUGAAGAAAAAGAAGAUAACAGGAAUUAUUACACAAGGGGUCAAGUACGUUUUGAAUUUCGUCUUUGUGAAGACGUAUUCCCUACAUUAUAGUGAUGAUGGAAAUAAAUGGCUUCCCUUUACAGAUAACUCAGCUGUGGAUGAAAAGAUAUUCGUAGGAAACAGUGAUCAUGAUGGACUCAAGCAAAACUACAUCGGUCCACCAAUUGUUGCCCAAUAUAUACGGAUUAUUCCAAAGAGUUGGAAUGUUGGCAUUGCGCUUCGAAUAGAAAUUUUAGGAUGUGCUGUUGAAUGAAAAUGUCUUCAAAAGCAUUCACAAGAGAACCUUUCCGUAAAAAAGGGAAAGCCUUGUUGCCAUUAAUGUCAUCGGUGGCAUAUUAUUUCUUUUGGAGAAAACGGUCAAGAAAGACAGAACAUGCUUUUUUGCUGUUGUGAAAAAGGAAACUAAAUUUUGCUGUUUAUUUUCAAGUGUGGAUUUAUUAACUAAACAUCAGAAAAUAAAGUAAUAAAAUAAAGCUUGCUGCUUGGUGGACUUUUAUGCAUAUUAUACAGUCCAUCGGUCCUAUUAAAAAGUCCUAUUAAAAAGUAAAAUGUUUUUGAAGAACUCUUUGCAACAAAAUGUACAGUAUUUUAGAUUGUCUAUAGAUAAUUUUAAAAUGUUUCCUUUUACUGUUGCUGAGAUUUGUAGUUUGUUCACACUAACAGUAUAAUGUAAUAUUUCUUGAACUCUUAACAGCAAGAAUUGUUCAUUGUUAUUAGUUUGUCUAUCUCUUUGGAUUUUUUUUACUUUUGUUAUGUGAAGGUGUGACGUCAAAAGCAUGAUACUGUAUGAGAGUUAGUGAUUGAUAGUAUUUUAGAAAAUAGGACACCAGACAAAUUAUUUCUAAAUUUUGUAUAUCUUUGUUCCUUUGACUUCUCCUGAACUUUUUAAAAUUUAGUUUGCUGUACACAUUAAAGGACACAUUGUUUCAAUUGGCA